AUGGAUACUCUGUGUUUACAAAGUAGCAUUUCUGGGAUAGCACCUUCCAUUCAUAUUACAGCAAAUGCACGUGCUCAGUCUCAAGUUAGCGCGGUGGGGCGUUCCUCCGCCACCGACAAAUCCUCGUUGUUUUCUAGAUUCUCAUUUAUAUACCCUUUGAAGUCUCUUUGGCACCGAUCAACUGGGAAUGCUAUGUACAAUGUCGACGACGCCGUUUUGGUGGAGAACGCCGAGGGACAGAAUGGAAUGGCGGAGCCAGAAGACGAAGGAGAGGGUCAAAAUGGGAAUUGGGUGUUAAAGAUUUUUCAUUCCAGUUAUGUUUGGAGAAAGGAACAAAAGGAGAGCGGUGCUAAUGAUGAAGAGAAAGAGGAAGUUGUGGCGAAUGAUGAAACCGAUGAAGAAGAAGAGGAGGAGUGUGAAUGUGAUGAUGGUUGUAGGAUUGAUGAAGAAGAAGAAGAAGAGGUUCGGUUCGAUAGAGACUCGUUUUCGAGAAUGCUUCGGAGGGUGUCCUUAGCUGAAGCCAGAUUGUAUGCGCAAAUUUCCCACUUGGGCAACUUGGCAUACUCUAUUCCCAAAAUCAAGCCAGGGAACCUCUUAAAAAAGUAUGGUCUGCGUUUUGUAACUUCAUCUAUAGAGAAGAAGGAAUUAGCCGCAGCAGCUGAAAAAAUUCAGGCAUCUGCUGCAACUCAGGAAGAAGAAACUAAUGAGAAGGAUGCAGGAGAAAGAAAAGAGCAGAAGAAUGGUGGAUACAAGAUAAGUGCAUCUUUUGCUUAUGAGAUUGCUGCAUCUACUGCCUCUUAUCUCCAUGCUCAGACAAGAAGCAUACUUCCAUUCAAAUCGUCUAACGGUGUGGUUGGUGAAGGUUCACUUGAGGCAAGCAAGGAAAGCGUUGACAGUGUUAACACGGCAAACACAGAGGUGGCAUUGUUGAGAAAAACUACUGGUUCGGUGACAGCAGUGGUUUCUGCAAACGAGGAAGUAAAGCAGGCUUUUGCAGAUGAUUUGAACUCAACAGGUUCUUCACCCUGUGAAUGGUUCAUAUGUGAAGAUGACCAGAGUUGUACAAGAUUUUUUGUUAUUCAGGGUUCCGAGUCAUUUGAAUCCUGGAAAGCAAACCUACUUUUUGAGCCAGUUCAAUUUGAGGGUUUGGAUGUCGUUGUCCAUAGAGGUAUAUAUGAGGCUGCAAAAGGGACAUAUCAACAGAUGUUACCAGAAGUUCGUGCUCACCUAAACUCUAAAGGCUCUCGUGCAAAAUUCCGUUUCACUGGCCAUUCUCUCGGAGGAAGCUUGGCAUUACUUGUAAAUCUUAUGCUUUUGAUAAGGAACGAAGUGCCAAUGUCCUCUCUGCUUCCUGUGAUAACCUUUGGCUCCCCAUCCAUCAUGUGUGGAGGUGAUAGUUUGCUUGACAAGCUAGGAUUGCCACGAAGUCAUGUUCAGGCAAUUACAAUGCACAGAGACAUAGUACCACGAGCAUUUUCUUGCAAUUAUCCACAACAUGUCGCAAAACUACUAAAGGCUGUUAAUGCCAAUUUCCGUAAUCAUCCUUGUCUUAAUAACCAGAAACUAUUAUAUACACCAAUGGGUGAACUUCUGAUUCUACAACCAGACGAGAAUUUUUCACCAAGUCAUCAUCUCCUGCCCUCAGGGAGUGGUCUAUAUCUUUUGAAUGGUCAUCUUUCAGAAUCCAAUGACACAGACAAACAGCUCCGAGCUGCUCAAUUGGUCUUCUUGAACUCACCACACCCACUUGAAAUCUUAAGUGACCGAUCUGCAUAUGGAUCUGGAGGAACCAUACAGAGAGAUCAUGACAUGAAUUCCUACUUAAAAUCUGUGAGAACUGUGAUUCGCCAAGAACUUAACCAAAUCCGUAAGGCAAAGAGAGAGCAACGGAGAAAGGUGUGGUGGUCUCUUGUGGUGCCACGUGGAAGUGAUGCUGACGUUCUUGUUUGGAGGUCCAUUGUAUCGGUCAAUAUGAUUCAAGACCAGCCUCCCUUCUCCGGCAUCUUACAGAAUGGUAGAGAAUCCUUGAAAUGGUUCAGUAGUCUCGUUGCUUCCCAACGUAUGCAUUUCUUUGUAGUGCUCUUGUUUCCUGCACGCUUGUUAUUCUUGGAAGCAUUUAGCCUUAUUAGGUUAAGAUGA